CAGGAAUUAGUAAAGAUAAGAACCAAUAAACUGAGAGAAAAGUGAGAUGAAACUUAAAGACGCAGUUAUCGGGUCGAAACGUUCUAUCUUGCCGUGUCCCAAAUUUACGGAAGUCGGAAGAUAAAGUAUUAUCAUUGGAGUGCACAUUCUGGUCUGAGAAGAAGAUGGCAAAUCGAAUGAUGAGAGGUGUGGAGAUUGAGAAAUUCGGUGAUGCUGACUCGCUGAGCUUAAAAGAGAACAUCCCUGUUCCACAAGUGGGAAAAUAUGAGGUCCUGAUACAAAUGAAAGCGGUAGGGAUAAAUGAGUUAGAGCUUCGAAUCCGAUCCAACGGCUGGCGUACCUUCAAACCGCCCUUUAUCCUUGGUUUCGAUGGAGCAGGAGUCAUUGACUCCGUAGGGGAAGGUGUUACGACACUGAAGCCCGGAGAUCGAGUCUACGUCUUCCAACCAAUCACAGGAACAUACGCAGAAUAUUGUUUAGCCGCUCAGGACCGAGUCUACAAACUUCCGAAUAAUCUUUCCUUCGAAGAGGGCGCCGUGUUACCAAACCCAUAUUUUUGUGCAAUCAGAUGUCUCACAAGGGCAGGUUUUAAGAAAGGCGAAACAGUUCUAGUCAACGGCGCAAGUGGUGGGUUCGGUCUAGGGGCAAUUCAGCUCGCUCGUGGAUUAGGUGCGUCUAAAGUGGUGGGUACAGCGGGGACAAUGAGAGGAAGAGAAUUGGUCAAGCAGAUGGGGGCUGAUGAAGUCAUAGAUUACAAAAGUCCGGAUUUCAAGAGAAAUCUUAGGGAUAUCUUCGGGCCUGAAGGAGUUGACAUCAUAAUUGAAACAAACGUCGACGUCAACUUCGAAAUGGACAUGGAACUUGUAGCUCGAAUGGGGCGUAUAGUGGUCAUCGGGAAAAGAGGCAAAACGGUCUGCACCCCACAGAAUCUAGUGUUUAAGGAAACAACCGUUUUGGGUUGUGCAUUAUUCUUCUGUGAUUCGGGCGAGCGGAAGAUCAUGAGCGAGAUGAUCGAUCACGGGGCGAAUGAAGGGUGGUUGAAGCCUUACGUGGGGACGACCUUCAAACUCAGCGAAGUCGCCGCGAGUCACAAAUUCAUUGAGAAUCGAAGGGGGGCUUCAGGAAAGUUGAUUCUGCUCAUAGAUUCAUCCGCAGAAGCCUAAAGUCGAAAGGGCUUUGAUAUUUAUGCUUUCCCAAGUUAGACAAGUGGCGGAUCCACGCAGGGUGCCUGGAAUUCACGCCCCUUGUAAAUCUUAAAACUUGCCCGUUUUUUUUUAUAGAUAUAUCUAAUUUGCGCAUCUCUUCAAAAUCCUUGAUCUGCUGCUAUACAUUAUGUAUGUAUACUUCGGGAAUUCUGUCCUUGUAUAGAGUGCUCGAUGUCCUUCACAGGAAGAGCUUUGAAUAAUAAACACAAGUUCACAAGGUUGAUUGGAGGUUCAUCAAAUUUAUAUCCAACUCUGAGUUUCAUGCAAACUAUUGUAUAUAUUUGUAUAUAUAGAGAGAGAGGGGGGGGGGGGAGGAUAGAGUACUGGAAAGGGUGAAGAUGUGGAAUUGAAUAAAAAAAAAUCGGUCUGCAAUUAGCAAUUUCCCAGUGUAUGACAUGUGGACAUUUUGCAAAGGAGCAUCAAGCUCCCUAACUUAUUAACCUACAUCUGAAUAUGCAGGUUUCAAAAACUAAAAUAAAUAUUCCAAAUAAACUUAUAUCAAGUAUGACAUGUUGCCAAGAAAGAGUUUUACAAAUAAUUAUUUUAUUUUAUUUGGAUAAUAUAUGUAUUUAAAAUGUUUAAUACAUAUUAUGUGGUAUUGAAAUAUUUGAUAUGUUGUUGAUUUCAUAUUUGUUCAUCCUUGUAACUGUAUAUUUAUUUGUAUAAUUAAUUUUUCUGUAAAUAAAAUAAUUACUGAUCUAAUGCCAUAUUAAAGGGAUGAAAUAAAAGU